AUGUUGGGAACCACCCUUUCUGUAGUGCUCGCUGAAAGGCCGACCGGUAACAUUAUUCCUGGCCAAACCUUUAAGCAGAAGUCUCUUCCAUCCCAGACCGAGGAUGACUUGAAAGCUGGCGAGAUACUCGUGAAAACCCUCUACCUGGGUCUCGAGCCGGCGAUGCGAGCAUGGCUCAUGGAUGUCGAUACUUAUUUCCCAGCUGUCAAGAUUGGAGAGGUCAUGCGCGGUUUCGUUCUCGCUCGAGUUAUUGCGUCAAAGAACUCGCAGAUCGAGGUCGGCGAUACUGUCCUCUCUGAUCAAGUGGGGUGGCGCGAGGAAGCCAUCCUCAAAGAAGAACAAUUCCAGAAAGCACCGGAGCUAGGACCCGGCUCCGAAAUAACCGAUCUUCUGGGUAUCUACCAUUGGACUGGACUGACUGCCUACUUUGGACUCAACAAAAUCGGCCAGCCAAAGCCGGGGGAGACUGUCGUUAUUUCAGGCGCGGCCGGCGCCACGGGAAGUGUCGCUGGGCAGAUCGCUAAGAUUGCUGGGGCCAGGGUCGUGGGUAUCGUUGGGAGUGACGAAAAGUGCGAAUGGAUCAAGGAACUAGGGUUCGACGUAGCCCUGAACUACAAAGACCCGGACUUCAAGAGUCAGUUUGAGGAGGCUACUCCGGAUCUCAUUGAUGUCUUUUUCGACAACGUCGGAGGAGAGAUCCUAGAUCUGGCCCUCUCGAGAGCCAAUCUCUUUUCUCGUUUUGUCAUGUCGGGGGCAAUCAGUCAAUACAACUCGGCAUCGCCCACUGGCCCCAAGAACUUGGUAUGGGCAUUGCAAGGAUUCAUCGUCGUUGACUACGCGGGCGAAUUUGACGAUGCCAGACGCCAAAUCGCCCAGUGGAUCGCGGAUGGAAAAAUCCGCACAAGAGCGACCGUUAUUGAUGGUGGCCUGAAGGUUGCUGAAGAGGCUUUGCGAGGACUAUUCAGCGGCACUAACACGGGAAAACUACUGGUUCGAUUCUAA